AUGUCUAACUACAGAUAUCCCAAUAAAUUGAUUCAAAAAUCAUCCGAAAUUCAAUGGGUUGAUAAGAUUGUUUGUAAAAAUUAUCGAAUCCUCAAUCCCAUCAAUUCUGGUUCAAUUAUUGUUUUAACUUAUAGGAACCUUUGGUCAUCUUUACUUAGCUAUACAUUAGCUUAAAUUGGAAUAUUAUGCCGUUAAAAUAUUGCAAACAGGAAAAAAUCCAAUUCUUGCUUAAUCAGUAAGACACGAAGCCGAAGUGCUCUAUAAAUUGAAUGGGAAUGUAGGAUUUCCUAGAUUAUAUUACUUUAUCUAAGAUGGCACUAAUAGUUUUAUAGUUCAAACAUUAUUGGGCUAAAAUUUAUACUAACUGCUAAUGCAGACUCCAAAUAAGGUAUUUUCACUUAAGACUGUUUUGAUGUUUCUAGACUAAGCAAUAAAUCGUUUAGAGUUUUUGCAUAAGAAUGAUUAUAUUCAUAGAGACAUUAAACCAGAAAACUUUAUGACUGGUUUGAAAGAGAAUGAAAUAUACUUAAUAGAUUUUGGAUUCGCUUAAUUAUACAAAGAUUAAGGAUAACAUAUAGAGAAACAGAAAAACGAAAAUAUGAUUGGAACCCCAAGGUAUUUCAUUGGUUAACUUAGUCAAGUCUAGAUUUUGCCCAAUUUGCACUCAUUUAAAUCAAUCAUAAAACAGAGCCAGUGAUUUAGAGAGUUUGGGUUAUUUGGCAGUCUACUUUCUCAAAGGAUUAUUACCUUGGAUGAACAUUUAAGCAGAGACUAAAGAAGACAAAAUUAGACUAAUAGGAUAAAAGAAGAUGAGUACAUCAAUUGAAGAAUUAUGGUAUUCAUAAUUAUAAAAAUUAGUUAUGGAUUACCAAAACAAUUUGAAGAGUAUUUUAAAUACAUUUAAAAUAUCCCUUUCAAUGGAGAUCCCAAUUAUGAUUACAUUCAAUAAUUAUUUAAGAAGUUAUAUCAAUAAAUGGGUUAUCCAUUUGAUUAGUAAUUUGAUUGGAGUUCUAAAUUGGAGGUCAGAAAUUCUGAUGACAAUUUUGAAACUUCAAAAUAAUAACUCUUUUUGGAAGUCGGUAGGAAAUCUUUUACUGCAGAUGUAAAUAUUGAAGAAUUACCAUCUUAAAUAUAAAAAAAGUAUCUUAUAAAACUAUAUUAGAAAUAUAGAGAGAAUACAUGGAUUCAAAAUUUAAGAGGAUUUAUUUCUUAUUACAGAUCUAUAAUAAGAAGAAAUUCAAGAGUUUGAACCAGGAUUAACAUUAUUUGAAAGAAUGCAAUAAAUUAAUACACAGUAGUUAAAGAAACAAAAAAAUGAAUUAAAAUUUUAUUAAAUUCUAUGA